UUCCUGUGGAAGAAUGAAGGUACACGCCCAGCAUUCAUUUUAGCUUAGCAACGGAGCAGGGAGCAACUUUCUGCAGCUCUGAUACUAUUACAGUUGUAAGAGUGCUGCGGAAUAUGUUGGAGCUUUAGAAGUAUGUGUCAAUCUUCAUCCAUUUUGAGAUACAGCUAUGGGAUCCCUUAUCCAGAAACCCGUUAUCCAGAAAGUUCCGAAUUACGUAAUGGCCAUCUCCCAUAGACUCCAUUAUAAGUUGUAAUUUAGAAACAUGGGACUUCUAGAAGUAUUGGAGCCAGAAGACCUGCCAAAGACGUCAACAUGGUAUGCUUUGGUGCCCCGUGGAGAAGGACCAAGUGCACGAGUGGGUCACACAUGCAUGUAUGUGCCUUCCAGCGAGGAUUCUUCAAAGGGAAAAGUUCUUGUUCUUGGUGGGGCUGAUCCUAGUGGCUGCUUUUCUGAUAUUUACAUGAUAGAUCUUGAUAAUCACGAGUGGGACAACCCAGAUUUAGAAGGCCUGUUACCCCGUUAUGAGCAUGCAAGCUUCAUUUCUGGUAGAAGUCCAGGCAACAUCUGGGUAUUUGCAGGAGCGGAACAAGCAGAAAAUAGGAACUGUGUUCAGGUCUUAAACCCAGGGAUGCCUUCAUGGAAAAGCCCAAAAGUGGGAGGAACACCACCAUCUCCAAGGACUUUCCACACCUCCUCUGCCUCUAUUGAAGAUAAGCUCUAUGUGUUUGGAGGAGGAGAAAAAGGAGCAGAACCAGUGACAGACACCAACCUUUACAUAUACGAUGCAGCUAACAUGACAUGGACACAGCCAGUGACAUCAGGAGAUCCCCCACAGGCUCGCCAUGGCCAUGUUGUUACAGCAGUAGGUAGUAAGCUGUAUGUUCAUGGUGGCAUGGCAGGGAGCACCUUUUUCAAAGACAUGUUUUGUAUAGAUACAGAUACUAUGAAAUGGGAAUGUUUGAAGACAAAGGGGGAUCUACCUCCUGCUUGUGCAGCUCAUUCCUCUGUGGCUUGGAAAUCCUAUAUUUAUAUCUUUGGUGGCAUGACCAGCACAGGGGCUACAAACUCUAUGUACAGAUAUGACACAGAAACACUGGUGUGGAAACAAUUGAAAUUUGAUUCUGAAUGUCCUGCUGCAAGGUUGGAUCAUUCCAUGUGUCUCCUUCCAUGGAAUACAAGCACUAAUACAGAUAAUGCUGAAAAACUUCCUUGUAAUGGGGAAAGUAAUCUAAAAGAAAGUUCAUCUGCAACGAGCAAGACUUUGGAAAGGGGGAUUGUUCAUCUAUGUUUGAUAUUCGGAGGCAUGGAUACAAAUGGAGAAGUGUUCAGUGACUGCUGCGUGACUGUACUCCAGUGAUAUUUGUCUUGAAGAAAAAAAAGUUUGGGAAAUAUAAAGUACCGGUAAUCCAAUGACUAUGCCAACAAGUACACUGCUUGGUUUUGUCCAGUGAAGAAUCUAAUCUGCAACUGUCUUGUGAGUCAUCGCUGCUGAUCUUGCUCUCUUAGUGAGGGGAAAAUCAUGUCCUAAAAUAAACAUUGGUUUGAAAAUGAGUACAAACAUAGUACAGUACAUAAAGCUACAACUAAACAUAGUUUUGUAAGGGUAGUACCUAUGUCAAAGGCAGUGUCUAUUUCUCCGUGUUAUGGCUAUUGACAAUAGGUGUACAUGUUGCAGGGAUUAUAAGUGGGCAGGUGUUGAACUAACGUGAUGCUAUAUACAUGUACCUUUUUCAUGCACCCCUUCAUUUUCCUGCAGUUUAUGCCUGUCAGACAUGUCAGUUCAGUGAUCCCCCAGCAGUGUCUCACAAGCAACAUGUUGGUUGGAUGCUGCUUCCAGGUAUACUGCCAAACAAAGCCAGCCCACAUAGGCAGCUUAUCGGCCUGUGUAGGGGCAGAAAUGAGGGGCCUGUCUGACCGAUAUCUGGCCUGAAAUUGGCCAGGUUAGAAAAUUCAGUUGGAUCGGGGACAGCAUCGGCUCAUUGAUGCGGUCCCCAAACCGACUGCCCCAUUGCUGUCAGUAUAAUUAGAUCGAUUUUUUGUUUUUACCUACACGCUCCCCGAUAUCACCCACCCGUAGGUGGGGAUAUUGGGUGAAGAUCCGCUCCCUUGGUGAUCGCGCCAAGCAAGCAAAUCUCAACGUGUAUGGGGACCUUAAGUCCAUUUUCUAAGAUCAGUCAAGAAUAAGUAUUUCUGAGUGGUGGUCAACCUCUGACCACCAGGUCUGCCUGCCAAACUAUUUCCCAUAGUGGUCUAUGGGAAGUGGUGACAGAGGGACAGUUAUGAACACAAUGGUUUAGUAACAAUCGAGAUUAUAUACCAUAGGCCUAAUGUGACAUGACAAUAAAAAACAUAUUCUGGAAA